AUGUCGUCGCCCAAGAUACCGCCUGCGCCGCCGCUGCCUCUGCCCAAGAGGCCGCGCUCGUACUUUGAGCGCUUCGUUGCCCAGCCGCUGACGACGGCCUACUCGUCGCGGCCCCCGAGCGUGCAGCCCGACGGCGCCCGGCUGCCGAAUCCUCUGGUGCCGAAAGUUCCCGGUGUCCGCACAGGCUAUUCGCAGCAUGCAAGCCACAAGACGGGCCUCGACAUUUCGGCCCUCGACAUCAACCGCGAGCGCACCCAUGCCGUCCUCGCCGGUAAAGAGCUGCUCAAGACGGUCCGCGUCCAAGAUGCCCGCAUCGUCGACGAGACCAAUCUGCGUGCUGCCGUCCUCAACUAUGCAGACUCGCACGCCCGCCAGCGCGAGGGCCUGGGCAUCCACGAUGUCAAGUGGUCCCAUGGCCAGUUCAGCUCGCAUAUAGCCACGGCUGCUGCAAAUGGCAAGGUCAUCCUCUAUGACCUCAACCGUGCCAGCGUAGAACUUACCCGUCUGCAUGAGCACACCCGUCAGGUACACAAGCUUGCAUUCAACCCCCACCAGGGGCACCUGUUACUCUCCGCAAGCCAUGACUCCACCGUCCGCCUGUGGGACUUGCGCGACAUGCGCAGGGACGCCACCAUCUGUCCCAGCAGAGACCAGUACCAUGGCAUGAAUGGCGGCAUUCGCGAUGUCCAAUGGUCUCCCACUGACGCUGUAGAGUUUGCCUUUGGCACAGACAACGGCACUAUCCAGCGCUGGGACUUUCGCUAUACCAAAGGCCCUAAGCAAAAGAUCACUGCCCACGACCAGCGCAUCUGCACCUCCAUCGACUGGCAUCCAGACGGUAAGCAUCUCCUCAGCGCCGGCGUCGACCGCACCGUCAAGGUCUGGGACUUCUCCAUUACUGGCCGCCGCCAGAAAGCCGCCCAUGUCCUGCACACGCCCUUUGCCGUCUACAAGGCGCGCUGGCGGCCACCAUCUUGGUCCGAUGACCACGACGACAAAGGCGUCUAUCAGUGCACACAGAUUGCCACAUCAUAUGAUCGCGAACAUCCAGCCAUCCAUGUCUGGGACUUUCGUCGCCCCUUCUUGCCCUUUAGGGACAUCAAUUGUUUCUCCACUGCGCCAUCCGACAUGCUUUGGCACUCGCGUGACACACUAUGGACUGUUGGCAAGGAAGGCAUCUUCCAGCAAAAUGAUGUCCACCAUGCCCCCAAAACUAUUGAUCGUCGCAACCUGCAGGCCUUUGCCAUAUCACCUACCGGCGAGAUUGGCGCAGUCGCCCAGAAGAGGUCACACCCGCGCUCCUCUGCGGGUCUAGCCUACGUGGACGACGCUUACCUUGGCGAAACCCGUGAUAGGCGUCAUAGCUCUGGAAAGGCAAGCCUUCGAAACUCGGCAGACGACAGCCUAGAUGAUAGCUUUCUUGCCUCUGCCAUGAAGCGCCAUCACGUGCGCGCUGCCAGUAACAGGUCGACCAAAUCGUUUAGUACAACUCCACCUUCUGACGUUGGUCCCAAGGUCAUGCUCUUGAGUGACUCCAUGGUAGUGCACAGCGAUUCCCUCAGGCCAAAUCAGACUGCCAUUCGAGGUCUCUUGCCUGGUACAACCAAUACUCAAAUCUUUGCCUAUCUUGCUCAAAAAUACAAAAACAUAGCCCUGCCUGACCCUCCAGAUCUCGACUCUUUUCUUCGCCUGGAAAGAGUCUUUGAGCAGAAUGCCGAAUACGCACAGCGUGCAGCAAUGUACCGGCUCGCUCAGUCAUGGAGGAUCAUGGGAGCGUCCAUUGCCGUAGCGACACGGCACCGAGCAGAGUUACACAGACAGCAAAGAAGGUUGCGCCCGCAGGUCACCGCCCUGCGGCUAUCCAACAAAAUGCUCGAGCCGUCGUCUGCGCCCAUGGAAGCCCAUGACAAGCGGCUGGCGGCGGCAGCAUCCGUAAAUCCUGCCGUGCGCGCCAUUCUCGGUACCUUGGAGAAACCGGCACCGCCAGCCAGACCACCCACCACGAUGAUAGAGAGCACCUCCAAUAUAUCAACACCUCUUGCUCGUCCCGUGAGGACCGGCUUUGGUAAUGACACAAAAAGGCCUGACCUUCUUGACAUUGAUAAAGAGGACAUGGUUCAACUGCCACCAGCAAUCACUGCAACGCCUACCCAGACAAGUAGCGCACUUGUGCCUCCACAUAAAACGUUCAGCAGCCCCCAGUGGUACCACUCUGGUGAUGGCAUUGACGAGCGUCGCGCCUUGAGUGGCAGCUACAGGGCAUCGCCUCGAAUUCCUCUGAGUCUCACACCGAGCAGCGUGCAAGGCAUGACAAUCAACGCACCUCGUUCAAUAGAGCGUCAUGACUCUGGGGAAAGUUUUGCCAUGUUCUCGGCCUCUUCGGAUUCCCAAAAGGGAAACUCUCUGCCCAGUUCAUUUGCAAGCGGUAAUUCGCAAUCAAAUCGGGAAAAGCUGUCAUCAGAGGAUUGGGACGCUGUCCCGGAACACUCUAGCUUUGGAAAGCCUAGAAACUCUAAAGAUGAAGAUCUAGGUAAAAGCGUGCCGAUAUCUCCAACCACUAUUCCUAUUGGUGGAAACGGCUCUCUGAAUCGGCAGCAUACCGAAGGCCCCGCAGGCAAAGGAAUGAACCAUGUUGAUCAAUCUGACAAUGGAGAAACGGUCGUUCGUGACAUGGAGAACCUGCGACGAAACAAUCAACUGCUUCGUCAGGACAGUUCAGAUUCCGAGGCACUCACCAGCAUCUAUUCAUCCUCGUAUGACUACAAUAUAGACAUGGAGGCAAGCGGGACAAUUGUGCCUGAUGUGGAUGAUAUGCGAUCGCCUCAUGUCCCAAAGCCGCCGCCGAAUUUGCCACAUGCAUCUGGAAGCGCGCCCCCGGUACUGGAUCCAGCCAUGGAAGAUGGUUUGUUACUGUCCGACUUCACGGCCAUGCAUGUCGAUGCAGAAGCAGGAUCGCCCUAUUCCGUCAUUGCCUUGCUGAAUAGCGUUCUUGCAUAUCAUACAAAAGCGUCGGAUGCGCAGUUUCCUUCGAUUCUGCUUCUCCUUCUCCAACCGCUCCUUCCGCAGACACAAAGUCCAAGAGAUGACCCUGGUGCAAAUGUAGGCGAUGUCCUCAACGCCUUUGCAGAUACUUUUGUGGCUCUUGGGCUCAGUCCAGCACAGGCAAAGGCCAUUCUCUCGACACAGUUGAGUCAGCUUAUAGCCACAGGGAUCAAUCCUUAUCAAGCAGAGUCUAUUCUUCAUACCUACCACUCACAACUGCACUCGCUAUCAUUGUUCAACUCUGCGGCUACACUACGCAGGCUAGCCUAUCCCGCCUAUCCCGCCGUGUACGAACAAGCGCUCAAAGAAACACAGCUAGGAUUGUUGUGCCUGAGCUGCAAGUCACCAAUCAACAAUACCAAAGACAAGAUGCGAUGUGAGUCGUGUAAGCGAACACAGGCGCCAUGCCCAAUUUGCUGGGCCAAGUAUCCCGCCUUUGAGCCGCUUACCGCAAAAAAGACCAAGUCAAAGUUUCGUUCUAAUCUGAAGGACCGAGGACAUAAGCGGCAACGAUCGUCUCUUGCUUCGGGCCAAAACCUUGGGGACGAUCGUGAUGCUGUCGGACCAUCACCAUUCGUCCCGACGGAGUGGUCUGCACCUACGGCCACGUUGUGGACGUGGUGUCCGCUUUGUGGACAUGGUGGACACGCGAAUUGUCUUUCGACAUGGUUUGCGGACCCAGUUUUAUCAGAAGGUGCAUGCCCAACCGAAGGUUGUCUCUGUGACUGCGUUCAGGGCACUCGGCGAGACGCAAAGAUUGAAGAAAUGCUGCUCAAGAAGGCAGAAAAGGACCGAUCUAAACUGGUACGCAAAGGUGAUGAUUGGAAGGUGAAGGAGAGUAAAGCCGUCUCGGCAGUCCGGAAUGCGGCUCUCGAUACCAUUCCAGAUCAUCCUCAGCAUUCCGGCUCCGGGACCACGACGCCGACGCGCAGAUAG